AUGAUCAACUCUUCCCUGCUCGUUUUAACACUUCCACUUUUUCUCAACUUGUUCCUUCCCACAGCAUCCUUAGCAUUGCCUGCGAGUAAAAUUAAAGAUGAUACGACAAACCAAGAUAUCUUUAUUUCAGUAAUGGAUGAAGCAGGACCUGGUGAUUUCCCCCUUGGAAGUUUCCCUGAUGAAGAUGGCACAAAGAGGCUCUUCAUCCUUUCAAAUUUAGGAUCAAAAGGGGCUUCUGGGAGUGACUCAAGCUCUGGUUUUGGCAGAGCCUUCCCCGUGCUGUCACCAUGGAGAAUGAGCAAUGCUCUAGCUGCAACUCAGGAGGAUGAGUGGCACAAUGCAGAUGAUCUCAUCCCCCUGGCCAAGAGGAACACGGACAAUAAAAUUCUUCGGUGCAUGAUCGGGAGGGUGUACCGCCCCUGCUGGUAGGCUUGAAGAUCGAGGGUGAACACAGCCAAGACUUACUUAAUGACCUUGAUCCCGU